AGUUUAAUCAUAAUCGUGUGAAACGUCGCAACAAACGUACUACAAAAAGUAAACUUGUGAUUUUUUUUUUUUAAUUUUGUCGAGAUUCAUAGAUUAUUCAAUAUCAAUUAAUCUAGAAAAGAACAACAAAAUCGGAUUUUAAAAAACCGAGAAGAGAUUUGAAAGCAGCAGCGAACAAAAAAAAACUUUUGUGAAAUUCUAUAUACAGUGUGUGAUUUUUAACAACAAAUACAACAAUGGCCGAUGCAAACAAGCGUAAUAUUCCCAUCAAAUUGGGCGAUUUCAGCGUCAUCGAUACAGAAUUCAGCAGUAUUAGAGAGCGUUUCGAUUCCGAAAUGCGCAAAAUGGAAGAGGAAAUGGCCAAAUUCCGUCAUGAAUUGAUGAAUCGUGAGGCCAAUUUCUUUGAAAGCACCAGUACAACAAAAAAGACAACAACAACCAGCCAAUCAACAAACUCUGCCCUCUCCUCCAGACCUAAACAAAACUACAUUUCCGAUAUCAGUUCCCCAUUGAUUCAGGAGGAUGGUGACAAUAAAGUUUUGAAAUUGCGCUUUGAUGUCAGCCAGUAUGCCCCCGAAGAAAUUGUUGUCAAGACUGUUGAUCAGAAAUUAUUGGUACAUGCUAAGCAUGAAGAGAAAUCCGACACAAAGAGCAUCUACAGGGAAUACAAUCGUGAGUUCUUGUUGCCUAAGGGUGUAAAUCCUGAAUCGAUUCGUUCGUCCCUCAGCAAGGAUGGUGUACUCACUGUUGACGCUCCUUUGCCGGCUCUUGCUGCUGGUGAAACUAUGAUUCCCAUUGCCCACAAGUAAAUAGUUAACAGACCACCCCCUCAUCCCGGCAGUCUGAGAUUGUGGCGUUAAAUGAUCAAACACCACCACCACCACCAUCAACAGAUGAAUCAAUACUAAGUUAUUAACACUGCUACUAAGCCAGGCCACAUCUACACAAAAAACCCCUAAACAAAAUAACCUAUCCCUUCUUUUAGUAGAGGACUAUCAUCGUUUUUGUUUUAGGCAACUUUAAUAUCCCCUCCCAAACCCAUUGUGCUCUUUCCCACUUCAUGAUUUUUUAUAAUGCUUUUGAUGUUUGAAAGAGUUUAAGAGAACGCGUAAAUGUGUAUUUUUUUAAAUAAAUUAUUUUGUUUAUAACUAUUUUUUAUAUAACAUUUAUAAUUUCUUUUCCAAUUUAUUGAUUAGUAAUCUAGAUUUUAUUAAUAUUUGUUUUUUUUUUUUUAAUUUUAAUUUAUAUCAACAAAUCAACUCGUAUUCUCCAAUAAAUAAAUUGGUUAAUUAUUUUUUAUGUGUAUCUUUAAUAAUUUAUGAAUGCUGAAAACAAUAUCAAUUGUAUGUUAAAAUAAAAUAUUCUUACAGUUUUUGCGCUGCGCAAGCCUAUACAAUUGGAAGAAAAAUUAAUAAAAAUUUGAUACUCAAACCAAUACCAAGGA